AUGGAUUUCCGGCCCGCGUCGCGCAUGGGCGAUGCAGAUGAGUCCAUACUAGCCGAACCAUACCGACCGUUCUACAACAUCUUCGGAAGCCAACCCAUCUUAGUAAAACAAAACAAUGAUUAUGACCGAGUGGCCUUUAAGGAGAGACCUUGGUUUGGUGUACUGCUGUUUGAUAAUGUAUCGUCGGAUGCAAGGGACCAUGCUGCGAAUGAACGAACAUUUCUGUCCUGGCUGAAGCUUAGUGUGUAUAUGGCCAUUGUAUCUGUAGCUAUCGUCCUCUCGUUCCACCUCAAAUCAGAACCCACACCACUUGAAAAGCGUUUCGCACUACCGUUGGGAAUCAUUUUUUGGUUGCUUUCCAUGGCAUGCAUGCUGUCAGGAUUGUCGAAUUAUAUUCAUACGAUCUCACGGUAUAGUCAGCGGCGGGCAUUGGUGCAGACGGGCUGGAAGACGCAGGUCGUUUUCACGGUGGUGUCAUGUGCCAUUGUUGCGACGUGCAUAUUGUUCCUCUCAACCAACGCGGAAAAGUGA